AUGGGCUCACAGGAACAGCACUCUGGCGAGCUGGAGAAAGCACUCCGGGCGUUUGAAACCAGCCUUGCUGAGUCUGCACCCCACUCCCUGCCCCGAGCGACUCCCGUGCAGGGCAGCGCGAAAGGGGAGGACGCGCGUGCUGGGUACCGCGCCCGCGGGCGUCGGGCGUCUCCAGUAGCUGGGGCCCCUGAAGAUACGCGCGCUUGCUGCCCUGCAAGGACCCUGAAGGAGCUCUUGGAACAGGAGUUGUCCGCCGAGCCGACGAAGCCCGAGAGGAGCCGAGCCAUCUUCUCCCACCGGGUGGCCACCCUCUUCCUGCGUUACAUGCAGGUGGCACGGCGCCUGGAGGCCUGCUAUGACCAGGUGGUGCAUCCGCAGAAGCGCCUGGUGCUCCGUCCGCUGCUGGACAGCGUGCUGGGCCGCAUCCUGGAGCUGAAGCAGGAACUGGUGGAGCUGGACCUUUCCGAGUAUCACUACAUGGACCACGUGCUGGAGGAACUCAAGCUGACGCCGGCCGAGAUAGAGGUACCGAUCCCCAAGUACUUCCUGAGCGAACGGGCCAAGGUCCUGCAGGAGCGGCAGGAAGUGCUGGCAGGACUCCUGGCCCGCAUGGGGCCCGGCAAGGCCAUCACUCCCCCCCAUCCCCUGAUGCUGCGGGAUGAGGCAGUCAGGCUCAUCCAGAUGGCGGAGAGGAUGCGCCAAGGCCGCCUUCGGGCUCACUUCAUGGGGGAGAUCCGGAGGGAUGAGGAGCGCGAGCGGAAAGUGCGGGAGGGCGGCCCGGCUGAGCCCAACCGGGACCUGGCUGCCACCUGCAUCCAGAAGAGCAGUGCUUCAGAGCAGCAGCAGAGGAAGAACUGCGAGGAUGGUAUAACUGGGCUGAAACUUUUGACCCUCCUCAGCUGCCAAAGGCUUCCCGUUGCCAAGCCAGCCCAUGGGAGUUUGGCUGGCCUACUGGUGGAUCAGACGAGCAUCCUUGUGCCUCCAAAGCGGCCACGGCAGCCGAACCGGCAGGCCCGACGCUCUAAGUCACUGCUUUUCACGACCCGCCCGUUUCCGUCGGGGUGCCAAGCCUUCUGA